UCAGAAAAUGUCAACUGAUGUCAACAUGACAAAAUUGUACAAAAUUGCAGUAAAAAAGCAAAACAAUGAGAAAAUUAUUUUUCUUUUAACCUAAAUCAUACUGUUAAUUAAAGUACUUAAGUCGCAAUAACUCAUUGGUCUCAAGUGCAGAAUUGUGUAUUUAUUACAAUGUUAGGAGGUGCGAAACUGAAAGUCGUUUACACUCACGAAAAGACUUGCUUUGCUUAUAUUAGUCCAAAGUACAGCACAAAUAAUGAAAAGUCGCAAUGUGUGCAAGUCCUGUUGAGAGAUAAGCACGUACUGCUGUGGGUGGUGUAUAGCAGCAGCGUGACGGAAGGCCAGAUAGCAUGUAACCCCAUCUUCAGUAGGCUGGUGGGUUUGGAAGAGGGGUGGGAAGUCUUUGUCUCCCCCUAUGGCGAUGUUAAAGUGUUGGAUGAGCUGUACAUAGACACUGAUAGUCCUGAUGACCAGGAAAUAUUGGAACACAAUGUAGAGCUUUUACAGUUAAGGAUCUUAGAUCAAUUAAGGCUAGUUGUAUCAAAUCAAAAGGCUGUUGUUUGGAUAUCUACAUCUUUACCGAUAGUGUUUACACCCAAACAAACCGGCCUGCUGGUCACAAACAGUAGGAUUGUAGUCAAAGUAGAUGCCUUCAACUCGUUCCAUGCUCCACCGCCAACUACCUCUAAUGUGCCUAAAUUAGAAGACUCUAAACUCAAAAAUAUAGGUAUAAUAAACAAGGGAAUUCUACAGCCAUAUUUAUACACUUUAGACAGGCUAGUGCUACGAGCUUUGCCCAUUGAUAGUGAUGGCAAAAAGAAUUUGAUACACCCAUACAUUGUUUUCAUUCAUGAAGACUUAUUAGGUGAAAAGUACAAGCAUUCCACUGUAGUGCUAGCAACAAUGCAGAAUAUCCCAUCAAUUUUACAAGAAAACAAUGAUAAUGAGAAUAAUAACAAUAAAAUGAAUGACCUGUGUGUUGAGAUAGUGCCUGUGGACAGUGUGGUAUUUAAAAGCCUAUGCCAUGAGGAUUACAAUAGUAAUAUACAUACAGUGCUUAUACCAAAAGCUUUGAAUGCCAUAAUCAAUAUAGAGAAUGGAACUAGGAUUAUAUUUACGAUAAUAGGUGAUAAAGUUGAGCAGCCUGAGCAUAUAGAUAUAGUAACUUAUUCAGACAUGACACAAACUGAAAGCGAGGUCAUAGAAAAAUUCAAGAAUUGUGUCAUAGAGAAUACACAUUCUGGUAAAAAGUUCCUUAUAAAUGAUGGGGUGGUAAAACAAAACACACAGAUAAGUAAGGGCUUCCUGCAAUUUAAACUCAAACCUGAAAAAUUAAGAUACACAUUGUUGAACACUGAGUCAUUUAGACACUGCACUGUAGCUGCAAAAUGCUUGACUGAUUGUGAUUUAGAUAUUCCUAAGACUCCCAUGUCUAAUUUGGAGUAUGAUUAUAAGAACUACUGUAGAACAAUGAAGUCUAUGGAGAGUCUAGUCCAGAAAAUUGUUUCACAUGCAUACUUUGAAAUACAUAGAGAGGCCACAUUCAAAAAUGUUUCUGAGAUAAAAAGCAACAUUUUAUUAACUGGACUGAGUGGCACAGGAAAGUCAGCAAUCUGCCACAUAGUGCAAAAAGAGCUGACUCUAUGGACGCGUGUGGUCCAGUGCCGCUCAUUGAAAGGCCGCAAGGACAUUCCCGAAGCUUUGAGCGCGGCUGUUCUAUCGUGUCGCGAGAGAAGACCUGCUGUGCUGGUGUGUGAUGACGUGGACGCUCUGCUGCCGGCCAAUACUGAAGGCGCUUCGCCGCAGGACAUAGCUUACUACCAAAGACUAGCCGUAGUACUAAAGCAGCUGCUCCAGACGUGUUCUGGCGUUUGCGUGCUGAUGACGGCUCAGAGCGUGAAGGCGCUGCACCCCACCUUGAGGCAGUUCAGCGGGAAGCCGCUCUUCACGGCGCACUUCGAUAUACUGGAGCUAGAACAGGAAGAAAGAACAGAACUGUUCAAGCACCUCCUCAACGAGAAGAUCCGCGAGGAGUUCUCUGUGGAGGACGAUGACGUCAUCAAACUGGCCAUGGACACGGCCGGGAGUAACGUCAGAGAUAUCACUGACUACCUCAACAAGAAAAUAUUUAAGGCUGUGAAGAAAAAGAAAGCGAACCCCGACACAAAGCCGCGUUUAGUGGAAGACGUGACUAAAGAUGUAGAAAAGAAAAGCGCGUUUGACAUCUGGGAGCCGGUCGGAGGCCUCGAUGACGUCAAGCGGGAACUUACCGAGUGCAUCUUCUGGCCUAUGAUGUACCCGGCGUUAUUCCCGUCUCAAUCCUGCGGGAUCCUGCUAUACGGUCCGCCGGGCACGGGCAAGUCUCACAUCGGCUCGUGCCUGGCGCGCGUAGCUAACAUGAGCCUGGUAGCAGUGAAGGGUCCCGAGCUGCUGUCCAAGUACAUCGGCCAGAGCGAGAAGGCUGUCAGGGAUAUAUUUGACAAGGCUGACAUGAAGAGGCCGUGCAUAUUGUUCUUUGACGAGUUUGACAGUCUCGCACCAAAACGCGGGCACGACUCCACCGGCGUGACGGAUCGAGUAGUCAACCAGCUGCUGGCACGCCUGGACGGAGCCGAGGGCGGCGCCCGGGGCCCCGUGCUCGCCGCCACCUCGCGCCCCGACCUGCUCGACCCCGCCCUGCUGCGCGCCGGCCGCCUGCAGCGACACGUGUACUGCGCGCUGCCGGCCCAGGUGACGUCACACCCGCGCCCCGACCUGCUCGACCCCGCCCUGCUGCGCGCCGGCCCAGGUGACGUCACACCCGCGCCCCGACCUGCUCGACCCCGCCCUGCUGCGCGCCGGCCGCCUGCAGCGACACGUGUACUGCGCGCUGCCGGCCCAGGUGACGUCACACCCGCGCCCCGACCUGCUCGACCCCGCCCUGCUGCGCGCCGGCCCAGGUGACGUCACACCCGCGCCCCGACCUGCUCGACCCCGCCCUGCUGCGCGCCGGCCGCCUGCAGCGACACGUGUACUGCGCGCUGCCGGCCCAGGUGACGUCACACCCGCGCCCCGACCUGCUCGACC